AUGGUCAUACAACCUGUGACUGAUGAUGAAAUAUUAUCCGUUGCAAGCCCUGAACCUAUGAGAGAUGAUCUGUCAGAAUCUGCUACCCCCAAUCGCCGUGACAGCAUUAGCGACACUAGUUCCAACGCGAAUGUCUCUUUGUUGACAGUGGAUGAGCAUUAUUUAGCACCCAGGAGAUCCUUUCUAGAUGAAAUGACUGCCAGUACAACGUCAGCUGAGGGUGGAGAUGGUAGCGAGUUGGAACGGUCUGGUGAAUUACAGGGUCCUGCCACCACAGCAUUGAGUUUAGAACCUGGAGUGGCCCAAGAAGAUGUGCCCCAGUCACGGAAAUCAGGUGCUUCCAGUACUGCUGACUUAACAAAACUUUUAUCAGAAGUACUCAAUAAUAGUGCUGUGGGUCUGGAGUCUCUAUCGCUUAAUGAUAGUGGGUCUGAGGCGGCAGGGCCUGUUUUUACAUUUCCAGAUACUACCAAAACCCAACCGACCACUUCACUAUCAACCAAUAAUAACACCAGUUCAAAAGCAAAUAUGUCAUCCAGAGUCGAUGGAGCUCAAUCAAUAGUAGAGGAGACUGAGAGCUCGGAAUCAGAUAUGUUUCUUCGGCAUGACAAGCAGUAUUUUGUUCUGUCAAAGGCAGGAAAAUUUAUUUAUUCAACAUAUGGGACUGAUGAACAGGUUUCAGGUUAUACAGGCAUUUUACAGACAAUUAUGUCAUAUUUUGAAUCUCCGAGCGAAAAUGGGAUGGAAUCUGGAGUUUCCAACAAAGCUAGUGAGAAUAAUCAAAAUGGGUCUCCUCUGGAGAGCUCAUACUUGAAGUCAUUCACCGCUGGUCGUACAUCAUUUGUUUUCUUAGUAGAGAAAAAUCUUAUUUUGGUCGCAGUUGACAAACUAGGACAGUCUGAAGCCCAAUUGAGACAACAAUUAGACUUCAUUUAUGCUCAAAUUCUUUCAGCAUUAACUGAAACUCGAAUUGCCAGAGAAUUCGAGCGACGGCCCAAUUUUGAUCUUAGACCAUUGCUCGGUAGCACUGAGAAAGUACUAGAUACACUCACGAAAGAGAUGUGUAAAGGAUCACCACCUGUACUUUUAGGAGCCUUGGAAUGUUUGAAACUCCGCAAGACUGUUCGUGAUAAGAUAAAUAAUGUGCUUAUGGACUGUAGGAGUUCAAACCUUUUGUACGGAAUGAUAGUGGCUGAUUCUCGACUUGUAUCAGUCGUCCGGCCUCGUCGUCAUAGUCUACAUCCGCCAGAUCUCUACUUGCUAUUCUCGCUACUUUUCAAAUCAGCUUCGUUGAAAGAUGGUGGUGAGCACUGGAUGCCAGUGUGUCUUCCCAAGUUCAAUCCUACUGGUUUUCUUCAUGCAUAUAUAAAUUUUUUUGCUGACAACACUGCACUUCUUCUCAUUUCUCCCGACAAGACCGCAUUUUAUGAACUCCAAACAGCUCGCAAUGAGAUUGUGUCACAGCUUACCAAACAGUCACUCCUGGGUCCAAUUCGAGAGGCUCUGCGGAAGGAUCGUUUCAAACCAAUGGAUAUACCUGCCCCUCUUAUCCGACAUUUUCUUUACAAAUCGAAAAAUUAUGUCCAGUUUGUCAUGCCGUCUUUGGAAUUGCAUUAUCAUGAUCCUGCAGCAAGAUACAAACUCAUGAACCUCUAUCAUGAGCUUCAUCCUGCCGUUCACUCCCGAACUGGCGGUAAUGCUAAAAUCUUUUAUAUCACUCGGCCCAAUACUACUGCUCUCGCAUGGGUAACACCUUAUUUCGAGAUGUAUUGUGUUACGGGGACCACGACCAAGGAGGCUAUUUCCCAGAGCGUCCGUGCUGCAGUAUCAUGGAUCAAAGCUCACGAACAACGACUCUUUGUUAUUGACGGUGCCUCGUUUUAG